AUGAGACCAACAGAUUCAGUGGGAGCUCAGAUAGAUGAGAUCGAGCGUACAGAAGAAGAGACAGAACCAGAAUCGGAUGAAUCGAUUGCUGAGAGCAGCACGCCUCUGGCACUGGGCCGAGAACCGAGGAUGAGAAGGGCCCCAGAUAGCGAUAGACAGAGUGCAAUCCAUCUGGCAAAGAACCCCGCGUUUCACUCGCGAACGAAGCACAUCGAGGUUAAGUAUCAUUUCAUCCGGCAACUUCUAAAGAAGAAGGUGUUGCAGCUGAAAAAGGUUCCGGGAGAGAGAAACCCUGCAGACAUGUUGACCAAGGCGAGCAAAAUGGCGCCGAUGGAAGCCGCGUCCGCGGCGGCGAUGCAGGCCGAGCAGCUCAGGCAAGACGGCAACGCGUACUUCAAGAAGGAUCGAUUUGGGGCCGCCAUUGAUGCUUACACCGAGGCUAUUACGCUGUGCCCUAAUGUCCCGAUAUAUUGGACGAAUCGGGCUCUGUGCCAUCGUAAACGGAAUGAAUGGGCAAGAGUGGAGGAGGAUUGCAGGAGGGCGAUUCAGCUCGAUCACCAUUCGGUAAAGGCACAUUAUAUGCUUGGUCUCGCACUUCUACAAGAGAAAGAAUUCGCAGAAGGUGUCAAAGAAUUGGAAAAAGCAUUGGACCUUGGGAGCGGUGCGAAUCCAAAGGGGUAUAUGGUAGAAGAGAUAUGGCAAGAGCUUGCACGAGCCAAGUACUUGGAAUGGGAACAUGAAUCCACUAAGCGUUCUAGCGAACUUCAAAACUUAAAACUUUGGUGUGAAGAAGCUCUGAAGGAGAAAUAUGCCCUUGCUGGUUCUCAAACUGAAGGUUUUGUAGAUGAAAAUACUCGCAAGUCUAAUCAAAAUCGGUUGGAAGCUUUAGACCGAGUUUUUAACAAAGCUGCUGAAAACGACUCUCCAACUGAGGUGCCGGAUUAUCUGUGCUGCAAGAUCACCUUAGACAUCUUCCGCGACCCUGUAAUUACUCCUUGUGGGAUUACAUACGAAAGAGCUGUGAUCCUAGAGCACUUGCAGAAGGUGGGUAAAUUCGACCCAAUCACCCGCGAAACCUUAUAUCCAUCCCAGCUUGUACCGAACUUGGCCUUAAAAGAAACUGUAAGAGCGUAUCUUGAUGAGCACGGUUGGGCUUAUAAGAUGGAUUGA